AUGGAAGGGCACAUAUUGUGCAUCAUUUUGCUUCAAUGUCUCACCGUGGUUACCAUAACUAGUGCUAAGGUUCCAGCUAUCAUUGUCUUUGGUGACUCGUCUGUUGACGCAGGGAACAACAAUUACAUAGCCACGGUUGCUAGGAGCAAUUUCCAGCCAUAUGGUCGUGACUUUGUAGGUGGAAAACCAACUGGGAGAUUCAGCAAUGGGAAAAUAGCAACAGAUUUCAUAUCUGAAGCAUUUGGAAUCAAGCCAUAUAUACCAGCAUACUUGGAUCCUAAUUAUAACAUCUCACAUUUUGCCACUGGGGUCACAUUUGCUUCUGCUGCUACUGGUUAUGACAAUGCUACUUCAGAUGUGCUAUCUGUGAUACCAUUAUGGAAGCAGUUGGAGUACUACAAGGGAUACCAAAAGAAAUUGAGUACCUAUCUCGGAGAAAGAAGGGCAAAUGAGACAAUAACAAAGUCAUUGCACGUGAUAAGUUUAGGAACAAAUGACUUUCUAGAGAACUACUAUGCAAUCCCUGGUAGGGCAUCACAAUACACACCAAGGGAGUAUCAAAGUUUUCUUGCUGGAAUAGCUGAGAAUUUCAUCCACAAACUCUAUGGUCUUGGUGCUAGGAAGAUAUCCCUAGGAGGUUUACCUCCCAUGGGGUGCUUGCCCUUAGAGAGGACCACAAAUUUUGUUGGUGGAAAUGACUGUGUUCCUAGUUACAAUAACAUUGCAUUGGAGUUCAAUGAUAAACUCAAUAAAUUGACCACAAAGCUGAAGAAGGACCUUCGUGGAGUCAGAAUAGUAUUUUCAAAUCCGUAUGAUAUUUUGUUGCGUAUUGUAAAAAAGCCUUCCCAAUAUGGGUUUCAAGUGACCUCAAUGGCAUGCUGUGCUACUGGAAUGUUUGAGAUGGGAUAUGCAUGCAGCAGGGCCAGUCUUUUCAGUUGCAUAGAUGCUUCCAAAUAUGUAUUUUGGGACUCAUUUCAUCCAACGGACAAAACCAAUGGUAUCAUUGCAAACUACGUGGUGAAGAACGCAUUAGCUCAAUUUUUGUAUUAA